AUGGUGAACUACCCUCUAAAGCCAGGCUACAUCCAGGAGUCUUUUAGGAAGGAAAUGGAAAAUACAACCAACUUCAAUUAUGUUACUGACUAUGAAAGUGAUGACUGUGACAAGAGUAAUGUCGUCAAAUUUGGAGCUAUAGCCACUCCGGUGGUCUUCUGUGUGGUGACGUUCCUCAGCCUCAUUGGAAACCUACUGGUGAUCAUAAUCCUGCUCAAGUAUGAGAACCUCAAGUCCAUCACCAACUGCUUCAUCUUCAACUUGGCUCUGUCAGACCUCAUGUUCACCUUUGGAUUACCAUUCUGGGCUUACUAUAAUUCAUACCAGUGGCUGCUUGGGGACUUCACCUGCAAAGCUGUAAAUUUUGUGUUUUACACAGGCUUCUACAGCAGUUUGUUGUUCUUGACUGUGAUGACUAUUCAGAGGUACAGGGCGGUGGUGUAUCCCUUGUCUGACCGAGGGGAAAAACGUACAUGCUUCGCCCUGUGUUUGUCAGUCUGUAUCUGGGUGGUCAGCCUCGCUGCGGCCUUGCUGUCGACCUUACGCAGCAAGGUGCAGAAGCAUUACAACAUAUUUUACUGCCACUAUGACAACAUUGUUUGGAAACGUAAUGCAGCAUAUCAACAAAAUGCAUUUUUCUUCCUUGCCUUUGGAAUUAUGUGUUUCUGUUACUCCAGAAUAUUGAAGACCGUCCUUAAGUCACCAACAAGUAAGAGAAUUCGGACAGUGAAAUUGAUUUUUGUCAUUGUGGUUGUGUUUGUGCUAGGGUGGGCACCAUACAAUAUAAGACGGUCCGUCUGCUCACUGGGUGAUAUAGUGAUAUUCCUGAAGACCUUUGCACAUCUACCCCCUCUCAAUGAAUGCAACGUGAGCAUAAACCUGGAUUAUGCCUACUAUGUUUCAGAAUGUGUUGCUUAUUCCCACUGCUGCCUCAAUCCUGUGUUCUACGCCUUCGUUGGAGUAAAGUUUAGAAAACAUUUGACAGUGAUUUUCCAGAAAAUCCCGCGGCCACCACAAGCCAGUGUGGAGUUUCAACGCACCAAAAUGAUAGUCAUGCCAUCACAAGGGUCUAUGUACUAG